CUACCACCACUAGCACUAGGUGACGCUACUUAUCCUUGGUCACAGGCACAGCACUUGAAACAAACACACAAUGAAGCUGCAAACACGGCUACUCCUCUUCGCCUCCAUCUUCGCAGCACUGAUCGUGAGCCGCGGCGUCGUCGCCGCCGCCGCCGGCACCCACGCGGCGAUGCCGGCGCACGCCGAGCUGCUGCGAGGCAGCGUCGAGGACGACGCGGCCUUCGCGGAGCGUGAGGAGGCGGCGGCCUACCCGCAGAGGAGGGUGCUCUACAGCCCACAGUACAUCGGCUACGGAGGGCUGGACGAGAACAAGGCGGCGUGCUACGGCUCCUGCCCCGGCCGGGGGCAGGCGUACACCGGUCGCGGCUGCCAGGCCUUCUACGGCUGCCGCGGCCGUUGAUUACAAGGUACUACCGUGUAUUUGUUCCAUGGCAGAAGAAGCAAACAAAUGCCCGAAGCUCGAGCCAUUAGUUAUAUAACAAGUCUUUUGCGUUCUUGGAUGUAACGGGACGUGUGGUGUAAUAAUGCGUCACUUGGGUUUAUAGCAUGUUUGGCUGGAAUUAUUCAAGCGUAUACCAUA